ACCCAAGCCACUUGGGGGCGUACUACACGCGCAUGGAGGCGCUGUUCGACAUAGCCGAGUUUUGCGAGAGCCUCGUGUACGCUCACCGCGGCCUGAGGCGUCGCAGGCACUUCAAGAAUGCAGUACUGCUCGCCAACGGCACCGUCGACAACUGCGUGGGCGCCAACGUCUCGGCCGACGUGGUCAGCCGAAUGCAGCCGUGGAUCGCCCGGCUCGAGGCCCACCGGCGCGACCUCCUGGACAAGCUCAACGAGGAGGAGGACGAGUUCGAGGGUAUCGACGAGGAUCAGGACAAGUUCAAGGUCGACGACCCGGAGGCCAGACUGGUGGAGCGGCACCGCAAGCUCGACCGGAGGAUGGCGAGCCUGUACCUGGGGCCGAGCUGCAGCGACAAGGGCUUCCUGAAGGGCCUCGUGAGACACAGGGCCCUACCCUCGGCUAACAAAGGGGGCAGCGUUCUACUGGUGGCCGAGACGCGGGACUUCCUCGACAGGCUGCAGAGCCAGCAGGACGCGCUGAGGACGCGCAAGCCCUUAUACGUGGUGCGGGCCCAAGCAAGGGCGGCGUUGACGGUGGCCCGGCUCGAGGAGAACUGGCGGGAGGUGCUGCUGAGGCGCUGCUUGGCCAGGAGGAUGGCCUACUUUAUGCUGCGCGGCCUCCACGAGGCCAGGCUGUGCCGGGACUACCCGAGCUUCUUCCGGUUGGUGGAGCGGGCCAGGGACAGGAUGGAGGAGUUGGGGGAGUGGCUGUUGCCGGGGCGCGAGAUGUUCCUCGAGGGGUUGUACCGCAUGGUGGCGCGGGCGUACCUCGACCCGCGGAACUUGCAGCGCCUCUGCGGGGAGUCGGAGGCGAGGCAGGAGGCGUACCUGCGCCGAGCCCUGGGACUGAGGUUGCGGGGUAAGCUGCCGCGGGACAGCGAAUUGGCUUGGCCGAGGUGUCUGGACGUGAGGGCCGCCCUCGACAAGUGCAGGUGGAGGCUCGCCCUGGCCAGCUCGCCGCUCGAGAUACUCUGGAUCUUUCACGAGCUGUGCAAGCACUUUCUGCAGAUACGCAGAUACGACCUCGCCAGCUUCAAAACACUCCAGCAUUCCAAGGAAUUUGGAUUAAAAUUGCAAAAGGUCGGGCUGUACAAUAAUCAGCAGGCUUGGGCUAUACACUCGCUUUAUGGAUUUUUUUAA